AUGAGUGGAAGCAGCUCACCGGACUACAAAGCGCUUUUUCACAAGGAGGCCUCGCUGAGACGGCAAGCAGAGGAACGAGAGAGGCAGGAAGCCGAGCUGAGACGGCAAGCAGAGGAACGCAACCGACCGACAACAUUUCCAGAGUUCAUCCGACAUUGCCAUGAUCUCCUUUGGACGCCGCUCCGAGCCCAAACACCGUCUCGCUCCACGACUGGCAAAAUCCCUGCCCCCAUCGGAAAAUACUGUCCUGUACGACUGCUUCCGUGGACUGGUUGUGAAGCUAGGCAGCAGGAAAUUUACAGAUCUGUCUGCCGUUACCUACAACCGGCCGGAGAAGAUGCACCGCAAUUAUUCACAUCCCUAGUUGCGUUGGAAGACCAUGGUCGACGAUUUGCACGCCGACCGAUUAGCAGCGAACAAGACCUCGAAACCUACGAGCGACUCGCCGUCGAAGACCAUGUGCACGACAUAAUUGCUGAGUUGUGCAAGAUACCCGAAGCCCGCGAAGAGUUUCGGUUAGGCAACGGAGUGCGGUUCGAUAAUCACGCCAAUGCUUUGGAUAAAGAUGAUGAAGCCGAUGCUAGCCUGCCCUCAACCUCUAGACCUUCGAAGCCAGAUCAAUUUUGCAUUCAUCGAAUGGACGGCAAUAGGAUUGUCCAACCUGAUCGUGUGCCGACGGAAGAGCCAGAAAAAUCAAGAUAUCACGCCGAGCGGCUGGUUGGGUCAGCCAUCGUACAAGAAUUUCACGUGAUGAUUCAAGAGGGUCUGGAGUAUUCAUAUUUGACGAAUGGCCUGUUGGACGUGCAACUCUGGGUGCCCUACGACGACCCAACCACCCUUUAUUACCACCUGGGCGAUCCCGGUAUAUACGAGAUGGCGGGUGUUGCAGGGCCUGAAAUCCCGAGGACUCGAAUCGAGAGGGCCCUGUGUCUCUGUCUGAUGAGUUUUCGUGCUCCUCUUCGUGACCAGGCGUGGCGGAAUGUCGCCAAAGACGGUCUACCAAAAUGGCAUUCGAUCCUUGAUAGCGAUCGCGCUCAGAUCGUAGUAGUGGAAUUACCACGGGGCCUGGACGUGGAAGAUGCUAAUUCCGAAUCCACGAGUCCUGAGCAGUCAACCUCUGAGUACCUCACAUCCUCGUCUCCCAUGACCAGCGGCCCUCGAGUGACCACCCGAGCGGCCGCUAGCUGCGCGCCACUAUCCAGUCCCCGUCACCGCGAGAGUUCUUCGGAUUCCGAGGCCGACCCUACCGCAUCCGCGGGACGGAAGCGGGGUUACAGUCAAGUUAAAUCGUCCCCUCCAACCCAACGGUCCGCCCCGCGAGCAGAUCGCCCAGGGAACCAAAGCGGGCAAUCUCGCUCCCACGAUGCGCCGUAUUGCACACAAAAGUGUCUUCUCGGGCUACAGCAAGGCGGCACGGUUGACCCUGGGUGCCCCAACACGGAGCUGCAUAUCCUCGGUGGAAAGGCGGACUGCCACCCGAUCAGUGCAGCUGACUUGGUGAAAAAGCUGAAGGUGCAGCUUGAUCUGGAUCUGGAUCAUAACUGCACUCCCAUCGGUCCUUGUGGGUCCUCCGGCGCACCAUUCAAGAUUACAUGUGCCACCUUCGGAUAUACGGUUGUCGGGAAGGGGACGACUUCAAAACUCUGGGGGGAGGUCUCGCCUGAAGCCGACAUCUACCGGGUCCUCCAGCGUGCCCAAGGAUCGGCCGUUCCCGUCUUUCUCGGCGCCAUCAAUCUGGCCCAGACUUACUUCCUCCACGGCGCUGGAAGGAUCCGUCAUAUGCUUCUGAUGGGCUGGGGUGGUGAGAGCGUGGGCCAUACUACUUUAGAAAAGACCAUUCGGGAUGCGAUUUCCCGGUCGGUGAAGGAGAUCCGUCGUUGCGGCGUUGUUCAUCAGGAUCUUCGUCCGGACAACAUCCUCUGGAACGCUGAGCUCGACCGAGCUCUGAUCAUUGACUUCCAUCUAUGCACUUUAGACCGUCGACCGCAGCACAGACGGUCGCAGGCUCUCAAACGAUUACGACGUGACUCUAAGGAACAUCACUCAAAGCGGGUGCGGGUAGUAUGA